UCACCUCACUUAGUAGGUUGGCCUUUAAGGGCCAUUUCUGCCCAGAGGACUUAUUAGAAGGCGUUACUGUCAUUUCUUCCACCACUGAGUGUUGAUGGCCUGGAGUCUACCUCCCUGUUUGCUUGUGUACAGCAGGGUUUGGCCACCUUAAAGGGUCAGAUGAUAGUUGAGGCUUUUUACCAUACAGCCUUUGUUGCAGCUACUCAGUUCUGCUAUUGUCAGGCGAAGGGUCAAAGUAGCCACAGUCACUAUGUAAAUGAUUGAACAAAGCCUGUCCUAUAAAGCUUUAUUAACAAAAAUGGGUGGUGGGCUGAUUCUACCCAAUGGGACAUCGUUUAACAACUCCUGUGUGACAGGUGGCCCUUAUUUACAGAUGCGGUCAUAUAACCUUAUUUAGUUGCUGUAACAACCUGACAGAUAAUAAGCCUACCCUCAUUGCUAAAGUGGAAAUAAUCAAAUGCUGGAAAGCUGGUGAGUUGUCUAAGGCCACACAGUGCAAAGUCAGGGACCAAAGGCAGCCUGCUAUAGGAGCUCACCUUCCUUCAGCUCCUGUCGGGGUUCGUCUCCCACUGUGGUACGUCUGUCUCAGUGGCCAUAUCAUGGGGGGCUAAUUGUAUUUAGGGGUUAUGCCACCAUUAGGACAGUCCCUUGAUUCCCAGUUUACAGGUAACAUGGAAGCCCAAAGAAGGUUAAGUAACUUAUCUAAGGACACAUCUAGUAGGUGGUAUAUUAUUAUCUUGGCUCCUGACAGCAGGAUAUUGAAAAUAUCUUUGUAUAGAUAAGAACUGAGGACUAACACCUUUUUCACUGUUUGUUCCAAAUUUCCCAGGGGUGGGGGCCAUGAGCUGAGGUAGGGGGCUCACUCUCUUAGUGCCUCAUGCCUGUUGCCCAAGUCUUCUGCACUCCCUCCCCCACUUGGCAGCUGGCAUCCAUUGUCCAGAGUUCGGCCGACACCUCACUUCUCUGCUCCUUCUGCAGUGUCACGAUGUCUGACCGGAAGGCAGUGAUCAAGAACGCAGACAUGUCUGAGGACAUGCAACAGGAUGCCGUUGACUGCGCUACGCAGGCCAUGGAGAAGUACAACAUAGAGAAGGACAUUGCUGCCUAUAUCAAGAAGGAAUUUGACAAGAAAUAUAACCCUACCUGGCAUUGUAUCGUGGGCCGGAAUUUUGGCAGCUAUGUCACACACGAGACAAAGCACUUCAUCUACUUUUACUUGGGUCAGGUUGCGAUCCUCCUCUUCAAGUCCGGCUAGGGACCGAGGGAAGGCAGCGGUGGCGAUGGCAGGCCGGCGGGACUGUCUGGCCUUGGGGGCCAGCUCCAGGAUGUCUUCAAAUGGCUGCGCUACUGCAUGGACUGUGUACCCGAUUUCACGUGUGUGUCGCAGUAAACAAAACCAAACUUCUUUCUGUUGAGUUGCCUGGGGAAGAAGGCUGCUUUGUUUCAUUUUCAAGACUUUAAAAAAACUGUUUUUUGGUUGUUUUUGUUUUUUGUUUUGGUUGUAUUGCACUAGAAAACCUCUCUCUUCCCCUCCCUUUUCUCUUUCUCUGCCCAUCCACAGUCAUGAGCCCUCCACAAAGGCCCUAAGCCAGGAGGGCUGGGGAAAGAGGCUGGCGUGUCUGCGGGAGGUGGAAGGAAAGCCAUGCAGCUUGCUCCUCCAGUGGGGGGCAGACGGGGAGGGAUAGGGGUUGGCAAGGAGAGAGGGAGAGGGAUAGGAAGGGGGGACUAUUCCACUGAACUGUGAUUCUGCGACUCGGGGCAGAGGGUGGGGGUGGGGUAGAUUCUUCAAGGGGCCCUGAGACGUGUGCGUGGUGUGUGUGUGUGUGGGAGUGGGGAGCAGACUUGUCUUGCUGUCUUUGUCAGAGAGUUUCUAAGUAAGGGCUGUGUCUCUGUGGGUUACCUUCUGUGUUCUGCCAGUGCCGCGCUAGGAGAAUGUUGGGAGUAGGCUUGGCCUGAUGAUUUUUCUUUUCAUUCUCUCUCCUCCCCUCCUGUCUGCACCCGGCUUUGCCCUCGGUGUUCUCACUCCUUUGGAGUUCUCUUGGAGCAGCCCCCUACCAGGUGGCUGACAAGGGGACUUCUGGUGACCGUAGUUCCUUAGUUAGGUCUUAGCAAUCAAACCAAAUCAGUGUCUUUCCGUGAUUCUCCUCCGUGUGUGUUGUGUGUGUGUAUGUGUGUGCUGCUUGAGGGUACAGGGGAGGGAGGGGUAGGACAGUACGGAAUCUGGGGGUGAUGUGGGUAGAUGGGGGAACAGUUCCAAGUGGGCUUUUUGAUGCUACCCUCUGGAGGUGUUUGGGGUGAGGACAGGUGUCAGCCCCUGGCUCAGGCCCUCGUGUCCUGCUGCUGUCUGCACCCAUGAAGGCUUUAGCAAGCACCCUGGGAAGAGAUGGCUGGGCUGUCACUGUGCUGGGGCGGGUCUCACGGAGAGGGAAAGUGCCGGUGGGUUUGGACAUGGAGGCGCUGAGGGGCUCUGGGUGUGGAGGGGGAGCAGAGCCCCGAGUGGGAGGAAGUCGAGGCUGCAGACCCUCGUCUGGGUGAGGGCGUGGGUUCCCUGCUGAUGGAGCUGCCCAGUCUCGGGGAGCGAGGGUGGGUUUCACACUGUGGAGGAACCAGCUCCUGUUUGUCCCUCUGCAGGAGAAGCCAGCCCCCUGUGUGCGGAGCUGGCCGAGGGGAGGGUGGGGACCGGUAGUGACGGACGGACGGAGUUCCCACUGUCAAACCCCCUGCACUGUCUGGGGCAGAUUGAAUGCUUGGUUUUAGAUUUUGUUUUAUUUUUUUAUGGCUGUCCAAAUCUGUGUUUCCCUUCCCUCUCAGACAUGGGUGGCCAGUUGGACGUGUCAGUCUGUGUUCAUCUCCCUCAUUUCUGGAGCAGGGGCCGAGACCCUGCCACAUCUCCUGUGCUCUGCAUCCACGCCUCUUUUGGACAUUAAAGGUUGAUUGAUGCA